ACGUUCACGCACACCUGCGCGCGAGCCAGACACGCUGUCGCAGUUCGUUAGUGUGUAUGCGUUGUAGCAUACAGUUGCUGUGUUACCAUAUCCAUUAUACCAAGGACAGUACGACGCUAUACAGUAAUGGCUCAUACUCAACAACCAUCUUUCGGUACUAUAUACGAUGCAAGGCCCAAAACUCAAUGGAUGGAAAUGCCAGCUUCGGUUCCAGGUUGCCCACCUGGCCUUGAAUAUUUAACUCAGCUGGAUCAAGUUUUGAUUCAGCAACAAGUCGAAAUAUUUGAAGCAAUGACGGACAUUGAAACAAAGAACAGAUACGCCAUCAAGAAUACUCUGGGGCAGCAGUGUUACUUUGCAAAAGAAGAGUCGAGUCUGUUUCAAAGGCUCUGUUGUGGAACCGGGCGUGGCUUUGAAAUAAAAGUAACCAACAACGCGGGUCAGGAAGUUAUGAGAAUGAGACGCAAGUUUAAAUGUUGUGCAGGAUGCUGCUGGUGCGCCAACAGCGACACAUGCGCUUUCUAUUUAGAAGUGGAAUCACCAACUGGAACAUUUAUCGGCGGCGUGAGGCAAUCGCAAUCAUGUUGGUACCCUAUGUAUCAAGUGAUAGAUGCUAACGAACGUCCGGUGUUUAAUAUUGAUGGGCCAUGUUGUCCGUGUUCUGGGCCAUGCUGCACAAGCGACAACGAUUUCUUGGUUACAACAUCUGACGGUGCAGUCACACAAGUUGGUAAAAUAACAAGAGAAUACGCGGGCUUAAUGAAAGAGGCUUUUACGGAUGCUACUAACUUUGCUGUGACGUUUCCAAUGGACCUUGAUGUGAGAAUGAAAGCUGUUCUUAUGGGUGCAACGCUAUUGAUUGAUUUCAUGUAUUACGAAACGGAUAAGAAUAACGAUUCGUAAGCGGAAGUUGCUUUGUACACGUUUCUAAAGAAAACCCAAAGAAGCGGUUCUUUGUUAAAGACUUUGGUGCAUUUCAAGCACGGUUUCUGAUUUGAAAAAGUGUAUAUUACUGUGGGGUAAGAUGGAUACAGCACAUGAUAUCUCAUGUUCCCAUAACUCGUUUUUAACAAUCGACCAUACUCAUUCAGAGUCGUAAGGAUACAGUUAUAUAAUUCUGUAAAUAUCCUAAUUUACCAAACGGGACGGUAAAACAAAAUGAAAACAUAAACCAUCUUACCCUUACUUUCUAUAGAUAGUAUAUGUAACUUGCACAGACAUUACGAAAUUACAUUAAUAAAUCUGCAAUGCAAAACU